AUGGAAAGUUUAUCAUUAAUUAUUUGUAUAAUACUAACAAUAUUUAUUUUUCUAUGCCUAUUUUUAUUGAUUUUGCAUCAACGAACAACAAACUCGAGGACUGUACGUCCUAGUUAUGUCAAUUCCUCGACAAGAUUGAUUAAAUGUAUAAAUUUAUGUAAUCAGUUGUGUAAUACCAACGAGAAGCCUCAUACACAUGAUUUUGAAGCUAACGGUAAUGUACAUCACCAAAGCGAUGUGCUCAAUAGAAUUAAUAAUCCAACGACAGUAAAUGACGUAUCUUGUUCACCACCUACACGUAAUCAUCAUUUUCACAAAAAUAAUUUAACCUAUGAAACAUGUAAUAUUAUUGGAAAUCAUGGAAUAGUUUGUAAACUUGUCAAUAAUGAAACGAAUGCCAAUAUUUGUGGCAUGUAUUCUCAAUCAUCAAUAAUAACCGAUGAUCCGGAUCCAAUAAAUACUGUUUUGAUGAAAUCUCGCGCAAAUCACAUUUCAAAAAAUCCAUUUAUACAUCAAGCAUCUGAUUCAUCAUUUAAUUGUAGUUAUUUUGAUGAAAUAUCAAAUCCAUUCAAUGAGAUUGACAAUAGUGCUGAAUCAAGUCAUGUAAAUAGUUUGCUGGAUAAAAUUCCACAGCAUAGAAGAAUACAACAAUUCAGUAGUAAUCAUUCACGUAGAUUAGAUUAUAAAAAUUCACGAACUAAAAUGUUAACAAUGAAAUAUAAAAAUUAUUUAAAUAGAAUAAAACAAACUUCUAAAUAUCAUGAACUGCAUUCAAAAUUACAUGGAAUUUCUGAUAUGCAAACAAUUGAAUGUGUUCCGCAACGAGAUCUGGUUAAUGCAGACCAUGAAUCCCCUUGGGUGAAAGCAAAUAAAACAAUAAACAGCAAUUCAAGUACAACAGGCCAAAGUAAUCAAUCCAGUUGUUCGAGUAAUCAAGAUGAUAUUCUACUGUCCAUUUGUCCAAAAGCACGUGAUCCAACCAACAUUCUAGCUGAUCUGCAUGUUCCAUUGCAUAAAAUUAUCUUCAACCGUGUAGUUCUGCAAGGAACAUUUAGUCAAUUGUAUGAAGGCAAACUUUUGAUUUCGUUUCGAAAACAUGGUAUCUAUACAAGUAAAUGGAAGCAAGUAUUAAUCAAAACAUUAACUGAAAAAGCCACAACAGAACAAAUACGAUUAUUUCAAAAUGAUGCUUGUAAAUUUGUUGGUGCAAAACAUCAACAAGUAGCUUCAAUUAUUGCAGCAUCAAGUACUUCAAUUUGUGUUAGUUGUUCUUUAUCUGAUCAACAAAUCAUUAUUAAUCGACCAAUUCUUAUUUAUGCUGAUGCUAAAUAUGGAAAUUUAAAGUUGUUCUUACAAAGGCGAUCCAAUGGAUUACAGUGUGGAAACAUGAAAUCAAAUAUUAUACUUACUGCAGCUCAACUUAUCAAUAUGGGUUUACAAAUUCUUAGUGCAGCAGAAUAUUUGCACAGUAUAAAUGUGAUUCAUGAAGACAUUGCAACACGAAAUUGUCUAUUAAAAUGUAGAACAUGUGUAGCUUUAAGUGAUUCUGCACUCAGUAAAGAUCUAUUCCCGGAAGAUUAUCAUUGUUUAGGUGAUAAUACAAAUCGUCCAGUGAAAUGGUUAGCAUUGGAAGCAUUAGUUGAAAGAAAAUAUACAAUGGCAACAGAUGUUUGGUCAGUUGGAGUUACUUUAUGGGAGUUGAUUACCAGAGGUCAACAACCUUAUGCCAGUAUAGAUGCAUUCGAAAUGACAACAGCACUAAGAACUGGGUACAGAUUGAAAAAACCUCAUAAUUGUCCAGAUGAUUUAUGGAAAAUUAUAUUUGCCUGUUGGAAAACAAAUCCUUCGACUCGACCAACAAUUCGUCAACUUAUUGCCAAGUUGAAAGCAUUUAAAGUUGCAGUAACGAAUUAUAUUUAA